AUGCAAAAUCUAGAGGAAGCGGACGGAGAGAGCGCGUCAGAGGAUGACUGCUGGACUCCCCUCCAACAAGCCGCCCGCGCCGGCGACCUACCAACAUUACGCACCCUCAUCGCCUCCGGAGCCGACGUCAACGCACCGCCGCAAGGAUACUACGGCCGCACCGCCCUCCAGGCCGCAUGCUUGGCAUCCCACGCCGAGGUGGUAUCGGCGCUCCUCGAAGCCGGAGCGGACGUAGACGCAGCCCCGGGCAACAACGACGCGCGGAACGCGCUGCAGAUCGCGAGCGGCCGGCCCGACGUGACCAUCGUCGAGACGCUGCUGGCAAGAGGCGCUGACGUGAACGCGCCGGCUGCGCGGUACUACGGGGCCACGGCGCUCCAGUCGGCCUCGGCCGCGGGCUUGACGGACGUCGUGGAGUUGCUGCUGGCCAGGGGAGCAGACGUCGACGCGGCGCCGGCGACGACGGCGGGGAGAACGGCGCUGCAGGCCGCGGCGGCGCACGGGGAGGUGGAGAUCGCCGCGCUGCUGAUGGAUCACGGGGCCGACGUGAACGCGCCCGCGUGUCGACACAAAGGGCUGACGGCGUUGCAGGCGGCGUCGCUGCGCGGGGACGAGGGGCUUGUUCAGAGGCUACUGGAGGCCGGGGCGGCUGUGAAUGCCGAGGGGAGCAGGUUCAAGGGCGGCAGGGCGCUGCACGCGGCGGCGGAGGGCGGGCAUGUUCGGGUGUGCGAGAUGUUGCUGGAUGCCGGGGCCGGGAUCGAGGCUGGAUCUGGGUGGGGUGGACAGACCGCGUUGCAGGGCGUGGUUGCGAGGGGUCACGAUGCUGUCGUGCGGGUGUUGAGGGGCAGGGGUGCUACGGGAACGGAAGGUGGAGGGACGUUUUUGUUUGAUAGAGUUUGA